UUUGAUAUCAGUCAGCCAGUCAGCCAGUUUGAAAAUCGAAUGCGCGAGUGACUGACGUGUGUUAGUGGCCCAAAAAAGAUAGGUUUUUUUAAAUGUGAUAUUAGUGGCAAAGGUUUCGAUAAUGACAGCCUUGCUGAAAAAUGUGACUAAUUGUAUUUGGCACGCGUUUGAUUCUUUGCAGAACAAUCAGGUGGUGCAUAAAUCGAAACUUAAGGUGUUAACAGCUAACAUAGGCACUCUUCUGGACCUGUACGGGGUGGAGAAGGGUUUGGACCACUACCGCUCCUCCCAGGAGCUGACCUUCGACGAGUUCCGCUACUACCUCCAGCACGAAGUGUUCAGCUCCCUCCCCAAGACCCUCAACUUGCCAGUCGCAAGGGAAUACGAGAAAAAGAUCAGUGAGGUGUGCUGGUUCGUCUGUCGCAAGAAUCUGCUGACAAGGGACAAGCCUAUUUUCAGCGACGAGUCGGUGUUCAAGUUGUUCAGGAUAUUUUGUCUUCUCGCCGAUCUGGUACAAGAUGCUGACGACACCAAUCACUACGUGGUCGUACUCCAGCCUUCAGAGGCGGGUUUAGUCGCUGAACAGCUGGUCCACUGCCUAGGUCUGCGGUGGGACGCCGCUGACUGGGAAGCGCUGGGUUCUUCAAUAGGGCACUUCAAAUGGGCAGCGUUCCUCGCGGUUCUCGAAGCUAAAUACUGUGGCGACCAGCAGCUUCACACCGAAGCACUAUUAGAAGCUGUCGCUGAAUUAUACGAUGUAUUUAUUGAGGAUAUUAUUAAAAAGGGAUACCUCUUCAAACGCGGCUAUCUUCUACCAACCAUGCGAGAGUACUGGUGUGUCCUUCAACCGUGCGCUCUCACCUACUAUAAGAGCUCCUCGCAAAAGGAACAGUGUGGGAGAAUUGCGAUAGACGAAUACUGUUCUGUAGAAGCUGCACCGGGCGAGGGGAAAAUUCAACGGUUCCAAGUUAUCACCCCUGAAAGGACCUUUGAGUUUGGGACUCAAGACCACAAGAGUCGUCUGCAAUGGCUGUCUGGCCUGCGACAAGCAGCAGCGGUAUCAGGCGGUGCGGAAGGUUACCAAAGAAGAGCGCGAGCCGGCAGACGUGGCGCCGGCGCGAGGCGCGAACAAGAAGUGAGGGACGCUCGAGCGAGGCUCCAGCACGAAGUACGGGCCCGCCUCGCAGCUGAGGCUCAAGCCCAGGAAUUGGCUGAACUAGCACAACAAGAUAACAAGAAAUUAGAGGAAUUAAAAACAGCACAAACCACAUUAGAACGACUUCUACAUGAAGAGACCCAGGCCAAACGAGAUGAAGAAAUCGUCAGAGCAUUACAAGCCAGAGUUCUGGCAGAAGAAUGGGAGAGGCGGGAAGAAUUAGAAAGAUUGCAAGAAGAACAAAACAAGAUGUUAGAAGAAGAAAGACUGAAACGCAAACAGUUCGAGAUGCUUCAAGCUGAAAAGGAAUCGCAGUUUAGAGAAGCUGAAAGAAGACUCAAAGAACUGGAAGAAGAAAAGCAGAGACUAGACGCAGAACUUCGUGCGGCACAAGAGAAGAUCUCACAGACAGAACAUAAUGCGCAUGCACUGCAUGUGCAACUUAGAGACAUGACUCCAAACCUUCGGAACGGUGAAAGGGCGCGUCGAGCCAUUUCCUUCGUCCCCACAACCAAGAGUUCAUCUGACACACUGAUCGACCUCAGAGCCCUUAGGCAUUUGAAAACCCUAAAUGAUGAAGAGAAACUAUGAUCUGUUACCAAACAAAAUUGUUUUAGGUGUCGGAAUUUCUAAAUUGGUGCAGCUUACAUCAUUUCUGUCAUUGGCACGUAUGUAUGCUAACCAAGCAACGCCACACGUGUUGAGUGAAAACAAAACAUAGGAUUUUAUAUGUAUUUGUAUGUUAACAACCACCAUACUAAAUAGUCAGCAAGAUAAUUCGUCAUUGAAGUACUCACAGACAGCAAACCGACAAUAAAGUAUUCACGUUUUUGCGUACUAUAGAUGGCAGCUACACAAUUGCAGUUAAUAUUGUAAAAAAAUGGGUAUCUUUUAUGCACACCCCUCAUCAUUUUCAGCACGGGGAGAAGGGGUUUAGGCCGUAGUCCACCACGCUAGCCCAGUGCGGAUUGGUGGACCCCACAUACCUUUGAGAAUAUUAUGUAGAACUCUGAAUUCAGGCUUGCAGGUUUUCUCACGAUGUUUUCCUUCACUGAUGAAGGAAGUGAUGCAUUAAUUACUAAAACGCACAUAACUUAGAAAAUUUGCGAUUUGGGAUUCGAACUCAGCCCCCCGAAAGAGAAGUGGAGCUCCUACCCAAUGCGCAAUGAAUACAUCAGAUGCGAUAAAAUUAAACUUCCGAACUAUCGGACCGCACUCGUAAAACCUAGAUUUAUAUCUUAUAGAAGCAUUGUAUUUAAAAACUUUUGUAUCUGUGUACUUUCAGUAAUAAAAAGAGCUUUUGUAAAUCUGUAAAA